CGGAGAAAGAGACGGACUGGGGUGUGUGAGCCACAUCUGGAAUAGUAGCUACAGAAGAAGAGUCGAGAGGAGCAGAAACUCGCGGAGACUUUCCUCAACUCUUCACUUCAGCACUCCCUUUUCAAGGAAUCAAACCUCCUGCUUGCUUCGCACCUCUUUUUACCUACUUGACAAAAUGCUGCUCAUCCUGCUUGGAGUGCUCGUCCUGCACCUCAUCAUCCUCGUUCUCCUCAUUGUGUCCACAGCAGCCAGUGCUUGGUCUGUAGGUGGGGACAGGAGCUCAGAUCUGUGGUACAACUGCAUGACAACUAAUGUAGGCUAUCACUGCAAGCCUGCAAGCAAUGAAGACUGGAUCCAGGCGGUGCAGGCCCUCAUGAUCCUGUCCUUGCUCUUCUGCUUCUUCUCCCUCAUUGCGUUCGUGUUUCAACUGUUCAAACUGGUGAAGGGCGGACGCUUCUUCCUCACGGCCAUCUUCCAGAUCUUGGCGAGUGUGUUUGUGAUGUGCGGGGCGAUCAUCUACACGGUGAUGAGUCCGGAUGACGUACCCGACACACAGUUCGGCUACGCCUACAUUCUGGCCUGGGUGGCUUUCCCUCUCUGUCUCAUCAGCGGCCUCAUUUAUAUCGUGCUGAGGAAGAAAGAAUGAGAGGAAAGAGGAUGAGGAAAGAAGGAGGGGGAAGCUAGGAGUACCCCUGUCAACAACAUCGCACUGUGCCUACUGCCCACAGACCAAAGACUGACAUCCCAUCAUCACAACAAAAGUGCACGUGUCACUAACAAUUGCAAACACAGAAUGGAGACUCCAUCUCUGCUGGGGAUUCUUUCUCAGCUCUUUUGAUCCAUUUUGUUUCCACCACAUGCUGAAAAAACAUCACAGCUGCUUUCCUCGUGAAGUUUUUUUACGACGUGUUUAAAAAUGCGUUGGUGAUAUGUUGACUUUUGUUGCACCGCGACUUCCACAAAUCCACCUCGUGUGACAUCAACGACGAGCAAUCCUGCCUUACUCCAGUACAAAGAUGUACAUAGUGUCUGUGGUUUUUAGACAUAUUUAUAACAUUUUGACAUUACAUUUUUUUUUUUUGUACAUAGUGUUUGUCAAGUUAACAUUGUCAUGCUCAUUCACGUGAUAGAGUUUCCUGCCUCUCACAAAUCAUGCAGCUGUGCCAAAGAGAUGUCACAUCGUAUGCCAGAGUAUCAAGCUUCCUCUUUUCUAGAUGUUUGACUUUUAUGCUGUUGCUGUGUGUCGGAUGCUUUGUUCCAUGUGCCUUACUUAGAGGAGCAUCUUGAAUGAAAUGAGAACAUCUUCAGCAAUAAAAAAAAAAAAAAGUAAUAACAAAUUAGAGGUGUCAAUGAAGUCAUGAAGUUUGUUUGUUUUUCCUGAAUAAUCUUUGUACUUGAUAAGCCAAAAUAAAAAUGUUUUGAAUUUUUCUAAUUGUAGUUUUGAAAAAUGGUGCUUUUUUUAUCUACUUAUUCUUGAAAUGUAUAGCCUACUUUGUGUCGUGCUCUGUGAUUAAUUUGCUUUGUACAAACCCAAGUUUGCAUUCUUUUGUCAGUAUUCUUCUAAAUAAACCGUCUGAAAUCAA